UCUUUCCUGCUCCCUGUACAGACUCUCAAACGGCUGAUUCCUGAUGAGCUGGAGCGCUUCACCAGCAUGCGGACGAAGAAGGAGAAGUCAGGCUCGAUGGCAAACAGACACUCGUCAGCCGCCCAGUAUGAAGUGCCGUCCCAGAGCACCUCGCUGAACGAGCUGUCAGACAAAUCUGUGCUGGAGCUGUUUGAGCAGAUGCUGGUGGAUAUGAAUCUGAAUGAAGAGAAGCAGCGGCCGCUGAGGCAGAAGGAUAUCGCCAUCAAGAGAGAGAUGGUGUCUCAGUACCUGCACACUUCCAGUGCUGCUAAGAGUCAGAAGGAAAGCUCGAAGUCAGCGCUGAUAUACAUCCAGGAGCUGAAGACCGAUCUGAGAGACACACAGUUACUGAGCUGCCUGGAGUCACUGCGUGUGUCAUUAAACAAUAACCCCGUCAGGUACACACACACACACACUUACAGUACAGUGAAGUGUUUCAAUGUGUCUGAUAUCAGCUAAU